GCUUACUCGGUCCUCAGUCAGUCCAUCGUGCUCUAAUUCGGUCCGCUAAAAAAAAGAAGCUGACUGGAAAAUGGACGCAUUUUGCCCUUGCCUUGACGCUAGCUCUCCAUCUUCUUCACUCGAUCGAAGCUGCUUUUCCUUCCACCAAAUCGGUCCUCUCCCAGCCCAUCUCCUUCUCCUUGAACGGACAUCACUCAUCCUCUCCAAUGCUUCUGUCUAUCCUCUUCAGCCUCGCUGGAAACCUAUGUCGCUGCCAUCCUCUUCACCGCCAACCACCUCCUUCAUUGUCGAACUUCCAACUCCCUAAAACAUCACAGUACCUACUUACAUCCCCUUCGUUCAUCGUCUUCCUCUUCCAUCACCAGUUAGGUAUUUCGUUUUUCUUUUCAUUUUUUUUUUCAAUUUGUACCGAUUUGGGUUGUGGAACACGAUUUGGCAUUAUGGGUAUGUUAAUUUGGAAUGACAAUGAGGUUAACCCAUCUUAACUGGGUCAAUUUAUUUUCAAUUUCAAUAUACUGCUUGUUGAUUUCUUCAGAUUCUAUCAAUUUCAAUGUGAUUGCUAUUUUUUCACACAAAAUCGAUUUCUUUUCAAUUGCGGGAAUGCUGACUCCAGAUGAUCGACAAGGUGCGAUUUCAAUAUUCUCCUGCAUUGAAUUGCAUCCAAUUUCAGGUUUAAUUUGUCCUCCUUCUUAUUACUUCUCUUUAAUCCUUUUUUUUCUGAAUAAAUGGUUCCGUGAAAAUGCAAUUGUAUUACUUGUCAUUUUGUUGCAGAUGAUCUAAUGUUUUGUGAGAAUGCAAACGAUCACCAUAGUUUUUCAUUUUAUGUGUUUUGAAUAGAAUUUAAAAAAGAACAAUAGUAUAUAUUCUACAACAAAUUGACAAAUAGAGUGGUUGAAAUUCUGCUUCACUUGUUGUACGAAGUAAAUUUCUUUCUAUGACCCAUGAUUCCCAUGUCUUGUGACAGUAUAGGAUUUAUGAACAUGAAAUUACUAAUAUUAGUAUACCUUACAUUUAUGAACAUGAGAUUACUAAAAUUUGUAACUAAAUCUAUGAUUCAAUCUAUAAUUUUCCAGCAAGUUUUCUAUAGCUUUAGUAGUUGGGUCACCAAAAGAUGCAUAAAGAGGGAUGUUUGAGAAAAAUGCUUCAAAGGCUAUUUUGUAUGAAUUAAAUCCUAAAUCCAUGUAAAUUUUUAAUAGUUUCAUGUAUAUAAUCAAAGUUGAUUAUGGUUGAUGUUGAUACUCCAAACAGAAAAUAAGGUAGAAUGGCAAUCUUUGAGCAGGUGCAAAAUGGAAUCACCUCAAAGCAUAAUGGGGUUGAUGACGAUGAUUAUGGUAAUUCACUUUAUGAAGAAGAAAGGGAAAAAACAAUUGGUCCACAACUUGCAGUUUAGGGGUAUGUGUGGUUGCUAGUGAUGAUGAGAUGAUAAGAGCAUGGGAAGAAGGAAAAAGAACAAUUUUGUAAUUUUUUCAAUAUGGACUAUGUGUGUAUGAAAAUUGUAAAAUGUUGUAUUAUAAUGCUACUUUGCUCCAGGAAAAUCAAGUUAUGGUUAUAAGGAAUACGGCUUGAAAUGGUUUUUAGUUAAUUUGUAUUUUAUAUACUAUUUCGUAUAUUUUUUUUUGAUAAUUAUUAAUUUAUUUAGCAACUUUUAUCAACUGAAACAUGUUAUGAGGCACAAAACAUAACAAAAUAUAUUGUUAACUUAGUAAUAAAAAUCUUAUGAUAGGUUGAGGGUAAUAUAGUCAUUUAACACAGUCAGUCAGAUGCAAAAUCAAACAUCAAGUUUUUAUCAAAAGUUAACUCAGUCAUAAUUUCUAAUCAAAGUUUUUAUCAAAAGUUAACUCAGUCAUAAUUUCUAAUCAUAAUUUCUAACUCAGUUUCUAACUAGUCAGCUAACUCCCUUUCACAGUCCCAUUUGA